UAGUUUAAAAUGAUAUACUAACUUCCAAAUACUUAAAGUUAGACCUUCCCCUAAACCAUUAGAGACAAAACUACAAUUCGGCAUACUUUAAACUCAACAAGGAGAAACUGUGUGUUUUUAAAGACAGUUUUUAUGUACCAUCUUUGUUCCUGUUCGUCGACAAAACACUGUUAGAUUUCUCCUGUUCGAGCAGAGAUCACGUCAAGUCCCAAAUCCUUCAUCUUUUUUCUGCUCAGACUUCUCAAAAGUGUUUGUAACUACAUGUGUCCUGUGACAGAGACUUUCAGCUGAGCAGAAACAUCGCAGGGUUAAAUCUGCUGCUGAGUGUAAUCUCCGCCCCAAACUACAACCGGCUCUUCUUCUUCUUCUGUUGCUUGUAAUAAACCAAUCUGCUCCUCUGCUGCAGAGGGAGAGAGCGGGACAGAGAGAGGAAGAGGAGGAAGAGGAGGAGGAGGAGGGAAACACAACAGGAAAACCCAGGAAAGAAGAAGCCUGUUCUUGGGGAACCCUGUGUUUGAGCAAAGCCAUGUUUUUGGAGUAGGACUGCGGUGGUUUGGACUGAAGGUGGGCUCUGAGGAGGCAACAGGAGGAGCAUUUUCAGCGGAUUACAACUCCUUUCUUCUGGGUUUUUAUUCCUGGGGAGUGUCACAGACUGCUAGACUGUGGAUUAAAACAGCUUCAAAUCUGUGUAGAGCUCAAAAAUGAACCUCAGACUUCAGGAGCUGAUGUGACCACUGAGAAGGACCCAGAAUGAGCUCUCCACUUCCACUGCUCUGUCAUCCUGUGGUGACUCUACCCAAUGGGAUGUCACACACAGACGAAGACGAGGAUGAAGAAGAGCAGGGAGAGAAGUUUGAGUUUGAUGAUGAGGAUGAUGUCGAACCCGCAGAGAUAAGUCCAGUCACUUUGAUGAAGAGCGACUGGACUGCUGACACGGAGAAUUCAAACCCAACAAUACAAGUCAUGAAAGACGUGACCACCGCAGUGCAGAAGAACCCGUCUCUGUACCCGCAGCACUGCUCUGAUAUGGAGGUCAGAGAGUCACCAGAGGGACGUUCCACCUCCUCUGAUCUGGGAGUGACCGCAGACUCUGAGAGUCUCUGGAAGGCGAGCUGUAUUUAUGAAGCAGGAAAGGAUUCUUUAGUGCCUGAAGGCGGUCAGGAUGAGUCCAGCUGUGCAGUGAACGGGUGCAGCCCACAGCCGGAGCCCGCUGAGGUCAAGGAGUCCUCCCCAGUCUGUCCUCAGUCUGAGCAUCACACGGCAGAUGAAGACGGACUGAAACACCUGAGCACCGUGUCACCCUGCAGCCUGGACAGCGUCUUCAGAGACCCAGAGGUGAUUUAUGAUGACGUGCCUGCAGAGGGCCAGCAGCACCCAAUGGAAGACGCUGAUGAUAUCUACGAGGACAUCCAGAGACCUGAUCAUCAUCACCGCGGCUCCAACGGCUGGAGCUCCAGUGAGUUUGAGAGUUAUGAUGAGAUGUCUGACAGUGAGGCCGUCUCUCCAACUGGCCAGAGCAGCAGCAGCAGCAGCAGCAGCAAGCUGCCUGCAGAUGUGCUGAGGCUGAAGGAGCGCUGUGCUGUCACCAGGAAGGAGCUGGCUGUGCGUCUCAAUACUCCUCAUGUCGCCAACAUCAAACAGAGCUGUGACACGAAGGUGCAGCAGUUGAUGAAAGCGGCGAGGAAUGGUACCAAAGACAGUUUGGAAAAGACAAAGUUAGCCAUGAUUCGCAAAGUGUCGUUCCUGCACAGAAAAGACUCCAUAGGUUUCAGUGAUGGAAAGGACGAUGCAGGCUAUAUGGAUGUGUCUGUGUGUGAGCUAAAACAUCCUCCGCCUCAGCUCGGACCCAUGCCCGAGGGGCUCAGCAGUCAGCAGGUAGUCCGGCGUCUCAUCCUCAGCUCCAUCGUGCAGAGUGAGAGCAGCUACCUGGACUCUCUGAAGAGAAUCCUCCAGGAGUACCAGAAGCCCAUGCUGGAGCAACAGAACUGGAUCCUGAGCCCCAAGAAGGUCCGCCAGAUCUUCUACCGCCUGCAGGAGAUCCAUCAGUGCCACUCCAUGUUUCAGAUUGCUCUGGCAUCCCGCGUGGCAGAGUGGGAUCACAGUGAGAAGAUCGGAGACCUGUUUGUGGCCUCGUUCUCGAAGUCCAUGGUCCUGAACGUUUACAGUGACUACAUCAACAACUUCACCAACGCCAUGGCUCUGAUCAAAAAGGCCUGCAUGUCCAAACCCGCUUUCCUGGACUUUCUGAAGAAGAAGCAGGCGACGAGCCCGGACAGGAUCACUCUGUACGGCCUGAUGGUCAAACCAAUCCAACGCUUCCCUCAGUUCAUCCUCCUGCUGCAGGACAUGCUAAAGAACACUCCUAAGUCACACACUGACCGGCUACCCUUGCAGCUCGCUCUCACCGAGCUUGAGACGCUUGCAGAGAAACUCAAUGAACAGAAACGUCUGGCUGAUCAGGAGGCCGAGAUCCAGCAGUUAGCUCACAGCGUCGGGGACCGAAACCUCAACAAGCUGCUGAACUCGGAGCAUAGGCAGCUGAUCCAGUGCGAGCUGCUGACGGAGAUCGUUUACGGUGAUAAAGGUCAAGUCCUCAAGUCCAAGGAGAGAAAGGUUUUCCUCCUCAACGACACCCUGAUCUGUGCCAACGUCAACCUGAAGGGGCCCCCUGACAUCAGCAGCCUGGUUCCUGUGGGUCCUAAGUACACGGUGAAGUGGUGCACCCCGCUGCUGCAGACUCAGGUGGUGGAGGUGGGACAGGACAGUCUGCAGAACAGUGAGGCGGUCGUCUCAGUCAGGAGACACAACUCAACCUCUAGCACCUCAGGUAAAGUCUUCCUGGGUCCUCCCCGGCUGUACCAGGACCUGGAGGAGCUGCAGCAUGACCUUGGUGUGGUGGAGGAGGUGUCAGUGUUGGUCAGCACGCUGCAUGGAACCUACCAGAAUCUGAACACCACGGUGUCUCAGGACUGGUGUCGGGCUCUGCAGAGGCUCAUCCGUUUGAAGGAGGAGGAGAUCCAGAAUGCCAACAAGUGCCGGCUGCGACUGUCUGUACCGGGGAAACCUGACAAGUCCGGUCGUCCGGUGAGCAUCAUGGUGGUCUUUAACACUCCCAGCCCGCUCAGUAAGAUCUCCUGGGUGAACCGGCUCCACCUCGCCAAGAUAGCUCAGAGGCAGGAAAACACUCCAGGUUGGGAAUGUGCAGAAGAAGAAAACAAGACAAAAGCACCGUUCAGUUUUCCCUUGCUGACUUGUAAACUUCCCGUCUUCUCCUCCAAAACACACACUCUAAAGCUGGAGGCGGCUCUCCACAGCCCAUCUCAGUCCAGCCUGCUUGGUUUCUGCACCGCCAGCACGUCUUUACCUCAGGGUUACCUGUGGGUCGCUGGUGGAGGAAGCAGCUCAAACCACAGCGGAGAGGUGGAGAUCUUCUCCCUGAACCGAGCUGCUCCUCGCCUAGUGAAGACCGUCCCUCUGAGGGCCCCGGUCCUCUGUCUGGAGUAUGUGAGGGAGCCAAGUGCAUGCAUCGAGGAGAGGGAGGCUGAGAAGACCCAGACUGCUGCAAAGAUCGGGAAUAUCAUCUGUGUGGGUCUGCAGGACGGCAGCAUCCAUGUGUACAGCAGUGUAGACACAGCUGUGCAGUGCCUGCUGACCUUAGUGAACCCUGACAGCUGUCCCAUCCUCUGCCUCAAACACUCGCUCUCUUUCCUCUUCGCUGGCCUGGCCAACGGCAAAGUGGGCGUGUACCACAGGAAGGCUGGAGAGAGACUGUGGGAUGUGGACUCGUGCAGGCUGGUGUGUCUUGGCUCUGAGCCGGUCUGCUGUUUGCUGACGCUGGAGGACGCCGUGUGGGCCACCUCUGCAAACCAAGUGUCAGUGGUACAGGGAUCCAGCCUGCACACACAGAGUUUUGAAGCCCACCCUGAUCCUGGCUGCAGCGUCAGCCACAUGGUGCGCUCCGGAGGAGGGGUCUGGAUGGCCUUCAGUCGGGGCUCUUCCAUCCACCUGUUCCACACAGAGACCCUGGAACCACUGCAGGAGGUCAACAUCUCCACACGCACCGCCCACCUGACAACAGGUCAAGUUAGCGUCUCCAGCCUGCUGAUCUGUCAGGGUCUCCUGUGGGUCGGGACCAGCAAGGGAGUCAUCCUCACCUUCCCAGUGCCCACUCUGGAGGGAAUCCCAAAGAUCACAGGUAAAGGGACGACGUCUCUAAACGCUCACUGUGGUCCCGUGGACUUCCUGGUCUCCACCUCCAGCAGCCUGGCCUCCGACCUGCUCAGACGGGACUCCAUGCUGAACGGCAGCGAGGAGUCCUCUCCUAGACAAGGGCGGGGCAGUAAAAGUGAUAUUGGAGGAGAGGAUGGAGGGCACAGGGUGGAGCGUAGUGGCUCACCUCAGGACUCAGAGUCUCCUCCACCGGGGGAAGAGAGGCCGAAGCGUCUCCUGCUACAGUACCGCCUUUACUCCACCUGCCAGCUGCCGGGGAAGCUGCUGACAGCGCAGCCCGAGCAGGGGAGCCUCAGGGCCCCCACAGACUCCCUGGAGCACAGCCCGGAGGACGGCUCCAUCUAUGAGGUGAGCGAGGACCCGGAUGUGUGGGUGAGGGGGAGGCCUGUGGAUUUGGGUAAGGAGGGGGAGACCAAGCGGAGUAAAGUCACCUCGAUGGCCAUCUUCUCCGGGGGCAAAGGGUACAGACGGAUCGGACAGACUUCCACUGUAAUGGGCUCAGACGCUGCUGAAAACACGCUACUGGUAUGGCAGCUCCCUCUGACUCUCAGCCAAUGACCGAGCAGCAUGUUGAACCAUCAGUCACUGAAGUUCCAGACACUUCUGUGUUCUGGACUUAACUUUGAGCUCCAUUUCUGCAUGUGAUCUGGCGUCAGGAGCUACAGACAUUAAGAUGAAAUCAGAAAACAACCUUGAACUGUGUGAGGUUGGUGACACCACGAACACGUGAUGUUAGAAAGCUAAUGUGAGCUCACAUGACCUGUGAAAUCUGCAGCUACCUCCUCAUGUUGGACACCAUGAAGGCCAGCAUCCUUCAUCUCUGUGACGGGAUCAUAAAGAAUGCAUCAUCAUUUCAGAUCCAGUAGUUGUUAAAGUUUAUGUGUGAACCACUUUAAAUUGCACACUGCAACUUCUCACUUUGUUUUGUUUCUCUGAGAUCUGAAUUUAUUAACAUUUUCAAGUCAUUAUAAUUCUCUCCACGAAAAAGAGCAAAGACUCUACCCGCUUCAAACUGGCACAGAUACUUGCUGAUGGAACAUUCUCACCUGAAGACAGGUCUUAACAUCAUUUUGGCACUGAUUGAACGAGCCAUAAAAUGCCUGUGUUUGUCUUUAACAUCACUUGAAGUGACGUGAGGUCAUCAAAGAAAAGAGACCAGCACAAAACCCACGAAAGAUUACAUUGUUUACACCCCGGUUUAUGUUCAGCCCGAAUCCCUGAGACGCAAUAUUUAUUUAUGUAUGGAAGCCCAUUUCUGUCAAUGAAUAAAAAAUAAGAUAAGACCUAGCCUAGACAUAAGACAAGGUUGUCAUUCUAGAGAUUGUAAGUCAUAAUUAUGAGAUACAAAGUCAAAGUUAUGAGAAAAAAGUCAGCUUGAGGACAAAAAGUCAAAAUCAUAAAAGUCAUUAUUAGGAGGAAAAAAUAAAAAAUUAAGAUAAAAAAUGUCAAACUUUUGAGAAAAAAAAAAUUAUUUAAAGAUUAAAAGCAUCAGUAAAUGUUAAAAAGUAGAUAUUAUAAGAGUGUGUAUUAUAACAAAAAAAAGAAAUCAUAAUGAGUUGAAAGUUGAAAUCAUGAAAAUAAGACUUAAAAAUUAAACUUUUUAAAAGGGCUUUAAACAGAUGAGAAGUUUAAUCCAUGAGAAUAAAAUUCUCAUUCUGAGAUAAUACUAUUCCAUGCAUGUAGAUAUGUUUCAAUUGUUGUUUUUUUGGGUGCAUUUUGCCUUUAUUAUUAAGGACAGCUGAUGUAGGGAGUACAGAGUGAGGGGACACUUCCAGCAAAUAGUCAUGGCCUACUAGACAUUUUCAUCUCAAAAUGUAAUCAUGACUUUAUCUCACAAGGUUGCGUUGUUUUUACAUUAGAGCUUAUUUCAUUUUUUUUCUAUUGGCAGUAAUAAGCUUCCAUAUUUGUCAUAUUUGAAGGUGUCUGUGAUGAACCGUAGAGGAGAAAUGUUAAAGUCAAAUUCAUGUUUUUUUCAUGUCCGAAGCAGAAAGGUUACUUUUUUCGUGAUUUUUGUGCCACGCAAGUUUGACGUAAGUUUGCAAAUGUGAGUCUUUUCAUUCCCACUUUUUCACCAUCUUACUGUCAAACUUUUUUCAGGCAUCUCUUUGGACUGAAGUUUAUCAGUGUUGUUAAUUUACAAUCUUACACGAUCAAAAUCAGCACUUUGACUACCACAAAUGGGAUUUAAACCAACACUUAACCUCAGAACAAAGUCACGUGCAGAGGAGAACUUCAUAAACCUUGUAUCUCAUAUAAAUCAGCCAAACAAGUUAUCUUAAAAGUAUUAUCCCUGAUCUCCAGAGUCUUUGCAGCAUUGUAAUGUGUGUAAAUAAAUUAAACUGCGCUGACACAGGCACCUUAACACGCUCUUAUAGUAAUCAUUGGAUGACUAUGUAAAGUCGACAAUAAUGGUACAUACAGUAAUGUGUGCUCAGUGCUGCUGCUGCUGUGUGUACAAACAUUUUAGAGACCAUUGUUAUGCAAACAAGAGGGGCACAUAUCAUUACAAUAAAGUUGUAAUUUUCAUGAUGGGUCAUAAUAUCAUGAAUGAGUCACACUUGAGUCACACAGCAAUUAAGGGAAUAAGAAUCAAACUUUCGUGGUCAUAUUAAAAGUUUGAAGGUUGGGAUCACAAAUAAACAUGUUCAAAAAUGUAUGUACACAAAUACAGAUAUGUUGUAUUAUAAAAUGUAUUUAUUUCAAUGAAAUUAUGCAUUUGUGAAAUCAAACACUUUGUGUGUUUUGCAUCAGUGUUGGCUUGUACUUGUCAGUGAGUAACUGAGAGUUUAAAUCAGUGUUAUAUGAUCACAGAUUGAAUGUUCAUGGUACAUUUUCUUCAGUUUUUUAAUGUAAGAUAUUCUGCAAAAGUGUUUUCGCAUAAAAAACCCACCUUUACGCCCCGGUAGUGAUAAUUAUUGUUUGUCUUGAUGCUUAUACUUGACAGAUUAUUAAAAGCUAGAAUCAUUUGAAUUGAUUUUCACCUUCAGAGCAGGAAUGUUGCAGCCUCCUGGGAGUAGGUGGUUCAUCUUGUGGUACAUUUUACACUGGCACUUUUUAAAUAAAAUAUAAUGAAAAGUA